AUGGAGGCCCUGAGCGGUGGCGUGGGCGGCGGCGGGGCUUACCCAGUGGGCGCGUCCCAUUCCGCGCCGCGACGCACGCUGCUGAUGCGGCUGCCGCCUGGCGCAGAGGCUUACAAAGCUGCUGUGCCCGCCCUGUUGGAGGACCCGUCCGGCCGCGCCUGCCUGCUGGUCCUGCCGUCAGACCGCCCCUCUACGCGCGCCGAGGCCGCCGCCGUCGAGGCGCUGCUGUGCGAGGUGCUGCGGGACCCCCAGGCCGCCGCGCGGCGCGCGUGCGAGUGGCGCGCGGGCGCGCUGUCGGGCGCGUGCUCGGGGUCGCUUGCGGCGCUGCUGGCGGCAAUGAAAGGCGACGGCGGCAGCGGCGGCGGGCAGGGCGGGAUGGGGCGCUGGCGAUUCAAGGAGGUUGGCAGGAUGAGCCUGACAGGGCAGAUAUUGGGCCACGGCAUUGAGGAGGCGUUCCGCAACCUCCUCGUCGCGGAUGCCGCCGGAGAAGCCGCCGAGAAGCUGCUGUGCCUGGUGGACGCGAAGGGCGCCGUCGCCACUGCUGGGGCUGCGGCGGCUGUCGCCGCGGACGCCGCCGCGGCGGCCGCGGACGGCGCGCUUGCAGGCGAGCAGGCGCCGCGCGCGGUCGGCGACGCGGCGUCCGCGUCCGCGGCGGCGCUGCGGGCGGCUUGCGCCACCCCCAAGCCGCCGGAGCCGCCGGGCGGCGGCGCCGCCUCGCGGCUGUCGCAGCAGGCGCACAGCGGGAGGGGGCCGGCGGCUGGGGCGGCGGCAGCGGCGGCGGCGGCGGCGGCGGCGGCGGCGGCGGCGUAG